UUCUUGCUGUUCCAGUCCCCCCACGGCGUCACGGUGGCCGUGGACUCCCGGGCCACCGCGGGCUCCUACGUGGCCUCCCAGUCUGUCCGAAAAGUCCUCCCCAUCUCUGCCCACAUCGUGGGCACCAUGGCGGGGGGAGCGGCCGACUGUGCCUUCUGGCAGAGGUUGGUGGCCCGGCAGUGCCGCGUCCACGAGCUCAGGAACAAGGAACCCGCCUCGGUGGCCGCCGCCAGCAAGUUACUGGCCAACAUGGUGUACCAGUACAAAGGGAUGGGGCUCAGCAUGGGAACCAUGGUCUGCGGAUGGGACAAGAGGGGGCCUGGUGGGUUAUACUGGGAGGGACUG